AGGUGGACAUGAGCAAAGUAAAUUUGGAGGUUAUAAAGCCUUGGAUAACAAAGCGAGUAACAGAAAUCCUUGGGUUUGAAGAUGAUGUUGUGAUUGAGUUUAUUUUCAACCAGCUGGAAGUGAAGGCCUGAACCAAAAUGGAAGUUAUUCCUUGCGUCUGAAGUAUAGCACCAUCACCUUAUUAGGUCACAGCAGAGUGAGUGUCCCAAUGUCGCUCUGACCCAACUCCCUUGAUGAUGCAGUGUGUGUUUGGAGAUAAAUGAUAUAACAUUAAACUCAAGGUGGUUGAGUUGCAGUAGGGAGUCGGAAGCAAGCCAAGGGAACAUCUUUCUCUACAGGGGACUUGGCGAUUCCAAACCCCCAAGGUUCAAGAAGAAACUGAAGACACCUGGAAUCUGUACUUGCUUUGUGCUAUUGAGCUGUGCUUGUUAUACAGACCUUGUUGCUUGACCAAGAGAGUUAGAAUUUAAAAAGCUAAUUAUUUUUGAGAAAUCUUGACCUCUUAGCCCUUUGUGGACAGUGAGAAUUUGAGGCAUUGUUAUAAUAGGUUUUCCUUAUGUAGAAGUUGGGCUUUUAGCUUAGUCUUCAGAAGUUACAGAAUGCAUGCAUAACUUGUUAGUUUUCAUAAAUGGACAAUAAAUAUUUUAUAGAAAGCUAUUUACAGUGUUAGAGAAGUCAACAGUUUAUGUACUUUUUACAUUUCUCAUUGGGGGAAAAUUUCCAGGCAAGCAAACACUUUUCUUGUUAGUAAAUACAAGAAUUUGUGGAUAGUUCAUGAUGGUUAUUAAAGUUAAUAAAUGUAAGACCCACUAACAGCCACACAGUCUAAAAAUACUUAAGAAAUCCACAAAGGAUUAACAGGCUGCUCUGAUGCUUUUGGUAGCGUGAGAGAGAAUUUGGUAAUCUGUUAAGAGAUACAGUGCUGAGAAGCCACUGGGGAAAACUAUUUUUAAGAUAGUAAAGAUAAUGUAUGUAUCUAAGCCCCUAUGGUAGACUUAAAAAAAUACUAAUUUAAAUGAGUUUUAGGUUAGUUGGUGGGUUUGUUUUGAAGUAACCAGUUUUUCUUCUUGUCAUGUCUCUUUGCAGAAUCCAGACUCCAAAAUGAUGCAAAUCAACUUGACUGGGUUUUUGAAUGGAAAAAAUGCUAGAGAAUUUAUGGGAGAACUGUGGCCCCUGCUGCUAAGUGCACAAGAAAACAUCGCGGGAAUCCCUUCUGCUUUCCUAGAACUGAAGAAAGAAGAAAUAAAACAGAGACAGGCUGGUCUCGAACUCCUGCACUCAAGCAAUCCACGCGCCUCGGCCUCUCAGAGUACUAGGAUUACAGGGAUUGAACAAGAAAAAUUAGCAUCUAUGAAAAAGCAAGAUGAAGACAAAGAUAAGAGGGAUAAAGAAGAAAAAGAAAGCAGCAGAGAAAAAAGGGAGAGAUCUCGAAGCCCAAGAAGACGCAAAUCCAGAUCUCCUUCCCCUAGAAGACGAUCUUCCCCUGUCAGGAGAGAGAGAAAGCGCAGUCAUUCUCGAUCUCCCCGUCACAGAACCAAGAGCCGGAGUCCUUCCCCUGCUCCAGAAAAGAAGGAAAAAACUCCAGAGCUCCCAGAACCUUCAGUACAAGAGGCCACUUCUACUAGUGACAUCCUGAAAGUUCCCAAGCCUGAACCUAUACCAGAGCCUAAAGAACCUUCUCCCGAAAAAAAUUCCAAAAAAGAGAAGGAAAAGGAGAAGACUCGUCCAAGAUCUCGGUCACGUUCCAAAUCAAGAUCUCGGACAAGGUCUCGCUCUCCUUCUCAUACUCGACCUAGACGGCGCCAUAGAUCGCGAUCAAGAUCUUACUCACCUAGAAGGCGGCCAAGCCCAAGAAGACGCCCAUCUCCUCGAAGAAGAACUCCACCUAGGCGAAUGCCUCCUCCACCAAGGCAUAGAAGGAGUAGAUCUCCAGUGAGACGAAGAAGGCGUUCAUCAGCAUCUUUAUCUGGGAGUAGCUCAUCAUCCUCUUCAUCUCGUUCACGGUCACCGCCAAAGAAGCCACCCAAGAGGACAUCCAGCCCACCUCGAAAAACUCGUAGGUUAUCUCCUUCAGCAAGUCCUCCAAGGCGAAGGCAUAGGCCAUCACCUCCUGCAACUCCACCACCAAAAACUCGGCAUUCCCCAACACCCCAGCAAUCAAAUCGUACAAGAAAAAGUCGUGUUUCUGUGUCUCCGGGGAGAACUUCAGGUAAAGUGACAAAACAUAAAGGUACUGAGAAAAGAGAGUCCCCUUCACCAGCUCCGAAGCCUAGAAAAGUAGAGUUAUCUGAAUCAGAAGAAGAUAAAGGUGGCAAAAUGGCUGCAGCAGAUUCUGUGCAGCAGAGACGCCAGUACAGACGACAGAACCAGCAGUCUUCAUCUGAUUCUGGCUCCUCCUCCUCCUCAGAAGAUGAAAGACCCAAGAGAUCCCAUGUGAAAAAUGGUGAGGUAGGCAGGCGGCGGAGACAUUCCCCUUCCCGGAGUGCGUCUCCGUCUCCAAGAAAGCGCCAAAAAGAGACUUCUCCUCGGAUGCAGAUGGGAAAGCGAUGGCAAUCGCCAGUGACUAAAAGUGGUAGACGGAGGAGAAGUCCCUCCCCACCACCUACUAGAAGGCGACGUUCACCUUCUCCUGCCCCUCCUCCUCGAAGACGCAGAUCUCCUACACCACCACCACGACGAAGGACUCCUUCUCCUCCCCCACGUCGGCGCUCACCUUCUCCUAGAAGAUACUCUCCUCCAAUACAAAGGAGAUACUCUCCUUCUCCACCUCCAAAGAGAAGAACAGCUUCUCCUCCUCCCCCUCCUAAACGAAGGGCAUCACCAUCUCCACCACCAAAGCGUCGGGUCUCUCACUCUCCACCUCCCAAACAAAGAAGUUCCCCAGUCACCAAGAGACGAUCACCUUCAUUAUCAUCAAAGCAUAGGAAAGGAUCUUCUCCAAGCCGCUCUACCCGGGAGGCCCGGUCACCACAACCAAACAAACGGCAUUCGCCUUCACCGCGGCCUCGAGCUCCUCAGACCUCCUCAAGUCCUCUACCUGUUCGAAGAGGAGCAUCACCAUCACCCCAAAGAAGGCAGUCCCCAUCUCCAAGUACUAGGCCCAUUAGGAGAGUCUCCAGGACUCCGGAACCUAAAAAGACAAAAAAGGCUGCCUCACCAAGCCCACAGUCCGUAAGGAGGGUCUCAUCCUCCCGGUCUAUCUCCAGAUCUCCUGAGCCAGCAGUUAAAAAGCCCCCAGCACCUCCAUCCCCUGUCCAGUCUCAGUCACCUUCUACAAACUGGUCACCAGCUGUACCGAUCAAAAAGGCUAAAAGCCCGUCGCCAAGCCCAUCACCGGCAAGAAAUUCAGAUCAAGAAGGAGGUGGGAAGAAAAAGAAGAAAAAGAAGGACAAGAAACACAAAAAGGAUAAAAAGCACAAGAAGCACAAAAAACACAAGAAGGAAAAGGCUAUGGCUGCAGCUGCUACAGCUCCCGUAACCUCUGCAGCCAUUGCUGCUGCCACAACCACAUCAGCACCAGAAGAACCAGAGACAGCGCCAGAGCCUAAGAAGGAGACUGAAAGUGAAGCUGAAGAUAACCUCGAUGACUUAGAAAAGCACCUGCGUGAAAAGGCCCUGAGAUCAAUGCGGAAGGCUCAAGUGUCCCCACAGUCUUAGGUGGAAAUGUUUGUUAUGAUGUAAAUUUUAUUUGGUUUGUACGCAAUUCAAUUUCAAAAUUGCUAAAAUGUGUUUGAGCUUUAGACUAUAACAUUUGUUGUAAUAAUUGCUAGGUUGAAGUUCACCAUGUUAAAAAAAAAAAAAAAGGGCAUGGAUUUACAUUGCAAAAGGUGUCCACAGUGUAUUAGUGACAUUCUUUCAUUGACAGCUGACAUAAAUUCAUUUGGAGGGAAAUAUUUUAAGCCAAAAAAAAAAAAUUCCCUUUUUAAAAAAGGGAGUUUAAAUAUUGUUGGCAUUCUUAUGGUUUUUUUAAAUGCCCCUGGCUAUUCAGAGGGUUUUUUCCUUUUUUUCUUUUUCUUAACUUUUUCUCCUUUGAGUCUUAGAACCCGUUUUAAGUUAUGCUUCUAACCUUGUAUGGUUUGUAAGCUUGCCCAAAAAUAAGACCACUCUUGAAUUUACCACAAAAGUAUAAAUGAGUAUUUUAAUGCCACAUCUUUCCUGUUGCCUGUGGAGUCUCUGCUGAAGUGAAUCAGGAUUUGAGCUCGAAGAUGAGACAAAACGAAAGUAUGUUGUUUGCCAGGACACUGUGGGUUUAUAUUGAUGUAUAACAAGUUGAUUUGGAACACUGGAAUUUCAUUCUAUUCUGUUCUUCUGUUUUUGUUUUCUUUUUUUGUUUUAUAAAGGCGAUUAGUCCCAGGGAGGAUCCUUCAGUUACAUAAAAUUUGUUUUAUGCAAUGUCAUGGCUCCAUUCUUAUUUUUGUCUUGUUCUUCCAAUUGGUAUAUACAACUUUGAGAGCUCUUGUAUUUGGAAGGCUGGAAAGGCCCAUACUUUUGAAAUAGUGUCUUGGUUUCACUGUUUUUGUUUUGUUUUUUUUUUUAACUAAAGCUAUAUAAAGCUUGUGGAUUAAACAGAAUAAAUUUCUAAAUUUAAAAA